GCGCACUGGCAGGCGCUCGCUCACCUCAGUGUCGCGCUUUCGCCGACGAGAAAGCUUGUGCCCCCAGAAUAUGAUGGCAAGUCACCUUGUAAAACCUGAUACUAGAAAUUGCAAGAGGCCGAGAGAAUUAGAGCCUCAAAUGCCAGAUAGUCCACAGCUGUCCUCUCUUGGAAAAUCAGAUUCAUCUUUCUCAGAAAGUUCUGGACUGUUUUAUAAAGAUGAAACCCUGGAGAAAGGUUUGAAUGAUAUGAGCAAGGAAAUUAAUCUAAUGUUGUCUACAUAUGCAAAGAUCUUAAGUGAGAGAGCAGCAGUAGAUGCAUCUUACAUUGACGAGAUAGAUGGACUCUUCAAAGAAGCCAAUACUAUUGAAAACUUUUUAAUACAAAAACGAGAGUUCCUGAGACAGAGGUUUACAGUGAUUGCAAACACACUGCACAGAUAAAAUGUAACUUAAAAUAAGAUGAAAAUUUAAACCCAUUAUUGUUGUAAUGAAAAAAAAAUGAUAUUUAUGCUCUGAAAGCUCUCUAAUUGUUAAAGGAAAUGUGUAUCUUAAACAGAGAAGGGGAAACUCUUUGACUUUCUUUUCUAGACUUAAAAGGGGCUUCAAGCUGGAAAUUAAUUUGAAAUAAUACAGUUUCUCUUUUAAGUGUCAAAUAUUUGGCAUAUUUUAUAAAAAUGUAAGUUAUUUAAAUUUAUGUGGAUUCUUCUCUUUCCUUAAACUUCCUAGCCUUUCUUAAACUUCUAAAAGAGG